UUUUCAGUUGAAUAGCAAACUUCGAGGCGUACGGUUCGCAUUCGGUCGCGUUUCUCAUUUCUCCAACAAUUUUUAGCAAACUUCUCACACACACACUCUCUCACACACAUUCGAUAGGCCACCCAGCGUGUCGCAAAGCCAAAGCUAAAGCCAGACAGCAGAUACCCCGCAACAUUCGCAUUCGCUCGCUCGUAUAACGAAAGUGUUUGUUUUCUCUCUGUGUGUGUGUGUGAAACUAAACUUUUCGUGUCUGUGUGUCAGUGCGUGCGUUCGUGUGUGUGUGUUUUUCUCGACUUUGUCGACGUUCUGCCAAAAAAAAGCCAAAAUUACAUACAUUCAUACUGUAUAGUAUAUACUCAGUAUAUUGAGAGGAGAAAGUGCAAAGAUGGCCGAAAAUUGCCCAAAAUGCAAGAAAUCAAUCAAUUCGAAGGAUGCAAUCAUCAUUUGCAAUUCGGAUGACUGCCUUAAGAAGUUCCACCGUACGUGCGUUAACAUCGAUGAUGCGAUGUAUGAUUUGAUACAGAAAAAUCCAAUGAUAUCAUUUAACUGUGAUGAGUGCCGCAAUCAGACGCCAAAGGCAUUGUCCGCCAAGCUGCACACCAUCGAGGAGAAGGUGAACAAGGUGUGCAAUGGCGUUAAUCAAAUCCAGGGCCGCAUGUACCAGCAGUAUUUCCAAUUUGGCAACCAGCCCGUCAACAAUCUCGAUGGCAAAAAGCACCCGCAACAGAAUAAUCUCAUCGUUGUCGGCAACAAUUGCAAUUCGGAUCGAUUGCAGGUCGUAUGCGACUACGGACGUUGGGUGCAGGUGGGCAAAUUUGCUACAAAUACCAGCGAGGAUGAUAUUAUUGAGCAUUUGGCCGAGGAGCUGAAGAUCAACAAGAAUCUGGUGAAAUGCACCAAACUGGUGAAGAACGAUGCCAAUUUGUCGCAACUUUCAUAUUGUAAAUUCAAAAUAUCCAUUCCCGACUAUCGUUUCAAUGAGCUAUUCAACGAGGCGAUUUGGCCAAGUGGUGUUAUGGUUAGCCCCUUCACGCCACGCUCUCAGCUGAAUCAGAAUCGCAUAUAAAACGGAAACGGCGGCGAGAGAUGACGAAGAAACAGAGACGACAGAGCAAAUGGGGAGAGAGCGCGCCUGCGCUACACUUCACGAGGGGGCAGGGGGGUGCAUUGCACCAAAAGAGAGGACGCGAGAGAAUGAGAGAGAGCGCAAGGAUGAGAGUGAGGGUUGCUUGCCGGUCGGACAGCGACAAUAGCAACCAGAGCAACAACAUCAGCAACAUCAACAACAACAACAACAGCAGUUUUCAUUCGAUAAUGUUUUUGCCGUCGCCGUCACUUUGUGGGGGUGUUCGGGGGGUUGCCUCACACUGUAUGCAAAUUUUUUGACAACUGACAACACAACUCGAAAACUUUGCCCAAAAACAACUUUAAAAACUUAUUCAGAAUUAAACAAACAAUACAAUUAAUUACUUAACGAAUUAAAUUUAAAAAUGCAUUUUCAAAUGUUUAAGCAUUGAGAAACCACAAACCAAAAAAAAAGUAAAGUAAAGAAGUUCGUAAAUGCGAAGCAAAGUCAAAGUCAAAUAUUAGUCAUUUAUGCAUAACUGUCGUAUAUUUAAAUUACAUUGAAUUUAACACAAGAAAAAAGUAAAAAACCAAACAUAAUGCAAAUAUUAAACCAAGCAGUCAGUAUCUAUUUAAAUACCAAAACCAAAUAAGUAAAAACAAAAUGAAUAAUUAAAAGCAUAUUACAAAUAUUUAAACUAUUUAAGCAAAGAGCACUUACAGCAUUUUGUUUAAUCAAUUUCGUUUAUUUUUCCAGUUUUACUAAUAUUUUAUGUUCUAUGUUCUUUUAUGUGUACAUCCCCGAAACGAGUUUUAAACCAAAGCAUUAACUUAACAAAUACUUAAACUUAUCAAAUAUAUUCAGCUAUAUUGUAUUCAUAUGCGUAGUUUGAGGCAUUUUCAAAGCUUGUUCUCAAAAAUAUUUAGAAAUUUUGCGAACCAAUGAUAAAAAUUGUAAAACCUAUUCAAAACAAAAUUAUGUAUGUAUUUGUGUAUUCCAAAAAAAUAAAAAACCAAAAACAAAUGAAUAUUGAAAAACCAAAAAUACAAAUAACAAUAUAAAAUGCAAAAAAAAAAAAUGCAAUUGCAAUUAUAGAAACUUGUUCAACACAACU